AUGAACAUGGCUCCCCCUCCCCCUCUGCCACUGGCACUUGCGGCGGCUCCGCGAAGAAUGCCCGCUGGCGUCGCUGGCCUGAGCAACCCUGAAGUUACCGCGCGUCUAACCCAUUCCAAAUGGAAGGAAUAUUCGAAUCCACUCACCUGGGACCAGGAAAUUCUCAAGAAUCUGAUUACAUACGACGACAAAGCCGCAAACAACAUCUUUAGCACCUUGAGGCCACUUCCGAGCCUCAAGGAACCUAAGUCUGUUGCUACUGUGAACCUGGGGCUCCUCGGCUGCUUGUCACUGGAGGUGAUGCAUGAGAUCAUCAACCACAUGGAUCUCUUAACCAUUGAGCGAUUCUCCCGUAGCUGUCGCUUUCUUCGCAUUGCAGUCAAUCACCACCCAAGCUACAGGAUGGUGAUGGAGCACGCCUCUCACAUUCGCGACAUCCUCUCAGCCUCAGGACUGGCAUACUGGAACAGUCUCGGCAACUUCAGGAAUGAGCUGCAGUACCCUUACUGCAGAUCGUGCGGCGCAAGUGGAUCUUACGUCUUUCUUCCAACAUGUGAACGCAUUUGCCCAAAUUGCUGUGACCUAAACAAGGAUUACUGGUGUAUCUUGGUGGACGAUGCCAAAAAAGCAUUCGCAAUCGACAUGCCUGAGCUCCGACGCAUCCCUAUUAUUCGCAUGAAACCAAACUCAUACCGUCCCGCUGUCUGGCCCUUUGCGUUGACAUACGUUGAGUACAUGGUUCCCGUCAAAUGUGCUUUUGAGGCUGGCGUCAAGCGCUGGGGAACAGUUGAGAACAUGCAGCGGCAGGGUGAGCUCCAAUCCCCAGACCGUAAUCCCGAUUCAACCUCGUUCGAGAUCAUGGAUGCUGAGCUAUUUCGGUUCUUCCGUUCUGUUCUGCCCCGAUUCGGGAGUGACCCUUUGACAGUUCCCUUCCCUCGUCGACCAUUGUAUGAGAAUUUCAAUCCUUUGUUCGGUGCAAUUGCCGCAUGGUUUCCACACGUGGAACGACUUCAUGUUGAUCCCACUCCGCACUACUUCUGUAAGGGAUGUGUAUGGGCCUACGAACGAGGAAUCCUUCCAAGUGCCAACCAACUUUCCUACAUGGGCCUGAAUUUUGUACUUGAGAAGGAGGAUAUCGGAAUCGCUCUGGCGAGACGCAUGCGAAUUCCACGAACCUGGCCUCAGACCAUCAUUCACUCGACUAAUUGCCCUGGUUGUGGGUUGUUGAUGUGGGAUUCUAAAGCUACGGAGGAGGAGAAACGCUCAGUUUGA